AUGACCAAGACUCUCCAUCUCGGUGCUAUGAGAGACAGGCUGUACGGCCGAGCGCAGAAUCCAGGAGCAACAGAUCCUCCCCAGGUUCUAGGUCUAUUCAACUUCCGCGAUGUCGGAGGCAACCGAGUCUCUGCCACACAACACGUGCGAAAGAACUUCCUUUUCCGCUCGGCCACCCUGAGCAACGUCUCUCCAGCCGGCCUCCGCACCCUGCACAGUCAUUACGGGAUUGAGACCAUUUUCAACCUGCGCACAGGUACAGGGUCGGGAUUUGGCACAACCGUUCAGACGGUCGAGGGCCUCACCAUGCAGACCGUUGCGACGAUGGACAGCGAAGCGAGCCAAGAGCCCCUGCUGGAACACUUCCACAGCCUCUCCCAAGAUUUGGUGACGGGUUUCAUGGUGAUCUAUAAGCAUCUGUGCGUCGUCUCCGGCGCGGCAUAUAGAGAAAUCCUCGCCCAUAUUCGCGAUCAGCCUACCUCUCCGCUCCUUGUGAACUGUGAUCUGGGGAAAGAUGAGACCGGGGUGUUUGUUGGCAUUCUGCUCAAGCUGCUGGGUGUCCCGGACGAAGACAUUAUCGAGGAUUACCACCGCUCUGAGACACAGAUCGAGCCUCUUGUGUCUGAUAAAAGAGCGAGAGUACUCGGUCUCCCGAUCUUCGAGGAUCUUGCGGAGGUGGAUAUCGACAAGCACUUUCUGGCGCCGAGGGAGGUGAUGCGGGCAUUGCUUGUUUAUAUCGAUCUGACGUAUGGGGGCGCGGGAGGUUAUCUGAGGUUCUUGGGCUUUGCUGAGGCGGAGAUUGACCUCGUUCGGAGGAAUAUGCUCGAAAGUGAUGCGCCGCAAUGA